GCGAGUACACCACCGCAACCCCACGCCCGACCCGGCGGCCAGCCGCCAGCUGCUGCGCCUUUGUUCCCAUGCGCCGCAGCAAGCCUACCUCACCUCUCACUUGCUCACGCCACCGAGAAUCUUUCAUUCUUCUUCCCCCUCUCCUCCCUCCUCCGCUUUCUCUCUCUUCUUGAGAGUGAAGUGGAGGGGAAGAAUCGCGGCUGAGCUGAGCUGAGCGAGUGAUGGCAUGGGGAGCUUGCAUUGCUGCUCUGCUCCUGCUUCUUCUUGCUGCGACAGGUGGUAAUGGUAAUGGCGGCGUGCAUUGCCUGGAGGAGGGGAGCCGGAGCCGGAGCAGGAGAGCCUUGCAGGGGAGGCACCACCUGAGGUCAAGAGCGGUGGGCGGCGCCACGGUGCUGGAGCUGAGGCACCACAGCUUCAGCUCGGCGCCGAGCAAGAGCAGGGAGGAGGAGGCCGACGCCCUCCUGUCCUCCGACGCCGCGCGCGUCGCGUCGCUGCAGCGGCGCAUCGAGAGCUACCGGCUGAUCGGGAAUGAUGCGGCGGCCGUGGCGGCGUCCAAGGCGCAGGUGCCCGUCACCUCCGGCGCGAAGCUCCGGACGCUCAACUACGUGGCCACCGUCGGGCUGGGCGGCGGCGAGGCGACGGUGAUCGUGGACACGGCCAGCGAGCUCACCUGGGUGCAGUGCGCGCCGUGCGAGUCGUGCCACGACCAGCAGGACCCCCUCUUCGACCCGACCUCGUCGCCGUCCUACGCCGCGGUGCCGUGCAACUCGUCCUCCUGCGACGCGCUGCGGGUGGCGGCGGGCAUGUCGGGGCCCGCGGCAGCGUGCGGCGGCGACCAGCCCGCCGCCUGCGGCUACACGCUCAGCUACCGCGACGGCUCCUACUCCCGCGGCGUGCUGGCGCGCGACGAGCUGAGCCUCGCCGGGGAGGCCAUCGACGGCUUCGUGUUCGGCUGCGGCACCAGCAACCAGGGCGCGCCGUUCGGCGGCACCUCCGGCCUCAUGGGGCUCGGCCGGAGCCAGCUCUCGCUGGUCUCCCAGACCAUGGACCAGUUCGGCGGCGUCUUCUCCUACUGCCUGCCACUGAAGGAGUCCGACUCGUCGGGUUCCCUAGUCCUCGGCGACGACUCGUCGGUGUACCGGAACUCGACUCCGAUCGUGUACGCCUCCAUGGUAUCCGAUCCUCUGCAAGGGCCGUUCUACUUCCUCAACCUCACCGGGAUCACCGUCGGAGGCCAGGAGGUGGAAUCCUCGGGGUUCUCGGCCGGCAAGGUGAUCGUCGACUCCGGGACCGUGAUCACCAGCCUCGUUCCCUCAAUCUACAAUGCCGUCAAGGCCGAGUUCCUGAGCCAGUUCGCCGAGUACCCGCAGGCGCCGGCGUUCUCCAUCCUCGACACCUGCUUCAACAUGACGGGGUUUAGGGAGGUCCAGGUGCCCAGCCUGAAGCUCGUGUUCGACGGCGGCGUGGAGGUGGAGGUGGACUCCAGCGGCGUGCUCUACUUCGUCAGCAGCGACUCCUCCCAGGUGUGCCUGGCCAUGGCCGCCCUGGGAUCCGAGUACGAGACCUCCAUCAUCGGCAACUACCAGCAGAAGAACCUGAGGGUCAUCUUCGACACCUCGGCGUCGCAGGUCGGGUUCGCACAGGAGGCUUGUGGGUACAUUUGACUUUGACUGGGAUUGGGGAAGCCACGAGCUAUAUAUGUGAAUAUCUCUAUACUUGCAGAUUUGUUUCGAGAUUACCUCGGGUGAUUGGCAAAUGGUAAUACAGUAUUUAGUUGCUGGCAAAUCUACAAGCAUCCACGAUUGCUUCUGGAGUAUCUGUUUUUUUAUGCCAAUUCCUUUUGCCAUUCA